AUGGCCCCCAUCGUGUGGAUGCUCAGUGUGGUUGUCGGAGUCGUCGCGUCGCAAGAGACGUGCGAGGAGAUGUCGCAUCUGCAGGUGACAGGGCACAGCAUGGAGGAAGCUUCCUCCGAGCUGUUCUGGCAGGGUUAUGGUGGAGUCGGCUGGAUAUGGAUGUGGGUGUUGGGCUUGCUCGGGAGGGAUACGGUGCAUUGGGGAGGCUUCGAGGGCACAGCAAAGGUUGGUUUAGCUCUGAUGAGCAAUGAGCAUCAAGGGGACAAGUUCGAGACCGUGGCAUCGGCCGCCGGCAUCAUCGGUCUCCUGCCAGGCUGUUUCAAGGAUCAGGGUUGGUGCUACGCUGACGAGCACGAUGACUUGCUCACGGCACUCUCGAAUUCCGGCCCCAUGAAACGGGCCUUCACCAUGUGCCUCGACGAGACGCCGGCCGGGGGCGGCAAGCUCUUCCUGGGCAUGCCACAGACGAUUCCUGCGAAUGCCAAGGCAAUGAAGAUGGUGAAUGUGUACAACUGGCACAAUUACGCGUACGCCAUCUACGCUCCGAACCUCACGGACGAGACGGUGACCUUCAGCUUCGGCUCCGAAGUUGUGGGAACUCAAAGUUAUCACACCUGGUGGUUGAACGAAGGGCUGAACAGCUAUGUCGACUCUGGCACCAGAGGCUUGAAGCUUCCCCUGGACAUCUUCGGCAAGGUCAUCCAUCAUGUCUACGAUCGCAUCAAGCAUCACGACAAGGAAUGCGAGAAGCAUUGGGGCGACGGCCUCUUGGACCAGUUGAAGAAGCUCGGUGCCGAGGGCACGGGCGUCCUCUUAGAGGUGAACGAAGCCCAGAAGAGCUGUGCCAUGGAUCACGUGCAGGACCUGGUCAUCCGGGUAAACGGCAAUGAUGUCGUCGUCUUCAAGUCCAGCUUCUUCUACGAGACCGAGCCGUGCUCGCAGAGGUACCAGAUCUCCUGGUGGGGAGUCGAAGGCACAGCGGUGGUCUUGGGCACAGCCUUCUUCUGGGGCAAGAACCUUCUCUUCGAUACCUCAACGAUCAAAGUCGGUGGAGUGCCUUACUUGUACGAUCUGGGCCCCGCAGACGGCUGCCAGAAGGACUACGGCCAAAUCCCAGGCAAUGAGAUUAGCUUGUCAGGUCCUCCGGGGCAAGUGCUGGGUAUCAACGGCACCAUCACCGCUGUGGUGAAAGUGGGCACACCGCCUCAGGAACUCACGGUCCAGCUGGACACCGGGUCCGCUAAGUUCUUUGCAGUUCACAAGGAGUGCCGGAAGCUCGUGAAUUGCUUCAUGGUGAACCCCCCCAAUGAAACAUCCAUCACUAUUUCUCAAAAGAGUUGGCAAAAGAGCAACACUUGCCAGAAGCAAGCCAGCGCCUUCGUGGAUGCGAUGCUCAGCCAGUCGGCAGUGAGUUGUUCAAAGACUGGUGGAGAGAAUCUCCUCACAUGCGACUGUCCUUACAAGCAGCCUUGCUACGUGGCCAUGGUCGAGGCUAUCCAAAAGAGCUUGAUUCCAGCCGAAGUCUGCGGCAUCAGCAGAAAGGCUUGUGGGGAACCGGUUGACUUCCUCCCCAGCCUGUCCAGCAGCUUCCAGCCACACCAGUCUCAAUCUAUGAGCUACAAGUUCGCCAAGGCACCACAAGAUCAACAUGUGACGGCCAACUGCCAGCACGACUGCCAGUACAACUAG